AUGUACGACCCCAAGCCAGGCGAUCGGCUGUCAAGCCUCGACACGCCGUCAAUGAUAGUUGACCUCGACAUAAUGGAAGAAAACAUCCGCAAGCUCUUCCUCCUCCUGCAACCAACAGGCGUCUCCAUCCGUCCCCACCUCAAAACGACCAAAAGCCCCAUUCUCGCCAAGAAGCUGAUCGCGGCCGGCGCCAAAGGAGGAUGUGUCGCCAAACUCAGCGAGGCGGAAGUCAUGUGUGCUGAAGGCGUCGACGAUAUCCUCAUCACCUGUGAGAUCGUGGGCCCUGCCAAGGUUCCGAGGCUCGUGGAGCUGUUCCGCAAAUAUCCUAAGAUCCAGACCGUCGUUGAUAGUAAAGAAGGAGCUAGUGCUAUUGAUGCUGCGUUGAAAGCCUCGGGUAUCGAGACCCCGAUUCAGGUUCUGAUUGAUCUUGACGUUGGCUUGCACCGUACGGGUGUUGCUCCAGAAGCCGCUCUGCCUCUCGCGCAGCAUAUUGCAAAAUUGGGUCAUUUGAAGCUGAUUGGCGUGCAAGGCUAUGAAGGACAUCUGCAGCAUGUCCACAGCCGCGAACAAAGGGAAAAGGAGUGCCGAGCAUCGAUGGUGAUCCUCAGCGCAACAGCGACAUUGCUCCGGGAGGAAGGCUUCGAUAUCCAAGUCGUGACGACGGGCGGAACAGGCACGGCAGAAUUCUGCGCCACCGUUCCAGGAAUCACAGAAGUACAGCCCGGCUCAUUCAUCUUCAUGGAUUCAGACUAUCGGAACGCGGUCGGCACUUACUUCUCCCAUUCCCUGACCAUCCUCUCCACCGUCAUAUCCAAAUCCGGAACCGAACGGAGAGUGACGAUCGAUGCAGGUUUGAAGAGUCUCACAACUGAUAGCGGGAACGCUGAACCAAAGGAUAUGCCCGGUGUUGUUUAUACGCCCAUGGGCGAUGAACAUGGCUGGCUCACCUGGGGGGUAGAACUUGAGGAUUUUCCGCUCGGCGCGAGGGUCGAGAUGAUUCCGAGUCAUAUCGAUCCGACGGUUAACCUGCACGAUUUUUAUUAUGCGCAUCGGAAGGGGGUGAUUGAGGAGAUCUGGCCGGUGGCUACCAGGGGGAAGGUUCAGUAG